UUAAAUCUUGAGUUACGUUGCUUGAGCUAAAGAUUUGAAGUGUUGCGGUACUCGCAAGUUUAUAGGAUGAAGUUUACGAAACCAAAGGAUGAUAAUUCCAACUUUGAAACUGUCGUGGAUGGCUUGAAGCAACUUUAUGACAAGCGACUCAAGCCUCUGGAGGUGACUUAUUUGUUUCCACAGUUCCACUCCCCAACCCUUGACUCUGGGGAAUUUAGUUGCAAACCGAUGCUUCUUCUCUUAGGCCAGUAUUCUACAGGAAAGACUACUUUCAUUAAAUAUCUUUUGGGAUCUGCGUUUCCGGGGAUGCAUAUUGGUCCAGAACCCACUACUGACCGCUUUAGUAUUGUAAUGAGCGGUGAAGAAGGUAUUAUUCCAGGGAAUGCUCUUGUUGUUGAUGCUCAAAAACCUUUCCGUCCACUCUCUAAAUUCGGGAAUGACUUCCUAAAUCGUUUUCAGUGCUGCCAACUUCAAAAUUCAGUCCUCGACAGUGUAAUUAUUAUUGAUACUCCUGGAAUUCUUAGCGGGGAAAAGCAACGGUUAGAUCGUGGUUAUGACUUCACUGCUGUUGUUCAAUGGUUUGCAGAACAUGUCGACAGAAUAAUCCUGCUUUUUGACGCACACAAACUGGACAUAUCAGAUGAGUUUCGGCGUGUAAUAGAGUCAAUUAGAGGUUUCGACGAUAAGAUUCGCAUCGUGUUGAACAAAGCCGAUAUGAUUGAUUCCCAACAGUUAAUGCGCGUGUAUGGAGCACUAAUGUGGGGUCUUGGUAAAGUUUUAGGAACUCCAGAGGUUGUAAGAGUAUUUAUCGGUUCUUUUUGGGAUCAACCGCUACGAUAUGAUGUCAACCGUCGCCUGUUUGAGUUGGAAUCUCAAGAUCUUUUCAAAGACCUUCGAAGUUUACCGUCUAACGCAGCAAUGAGAAAACUGAAUGAUAUGAUACGACGAGCAAGGUUAGCCAAGGUACAUGCCUACAUAAUUGGGUAUCUUAAAAAGGAAAUGCCUUCGCUUGUAGGCAAGGCCAAAAAGAAACAAGAACUUAUCAAAAACCUGCAACAAAUUUACGAUUCUAUUUCACGUUUACAUCAUAUCUCUCCUAGUGAUUUUCCCAAGCUUAGUCAUAUGCAAACUUUACUAAAUGAACAAGAUUUCUCGGCUUUUCCAUCUCUUAAGGAGAAGCUGAUUGAACAUGUUGAUAUUAUGCUGAGCCAAGAAAUUCCUAGAUUGAUGCAAAUGCUACCUCAUGAACAAUCUGUAACCAUUCAACAGGGUAAAAAUCUGAUCAAAGGUGGAGCUUUUGAUGGUGGUGUAGGUGAUAGCCCAUUCACAUUAGAUGCUGAUCUGGAUAUUAAUCGAGGACGAUAUGCUAAGGGCUGGGCUGUAGAGGAAUAUCGAAAACAGUGGGAAGAAGUAAGCUCUUUCAUAUCUUUUAUUCACUCGAGGGUUUAUUUACAAGUUUAUAAUAUUCAUGAUUUAUAUUUUCUGCAUACCAUUGAUUUAUUGUAGCUGAGAGUUAUGUAUACAAAUUCUAAAUAAUAAAACAGGGUAGUGAAUAAAGGUAUAUAGAUUUAGUUUUCAUUACCUGUCGGUAUAGGUUAAAGAACUACAGUGCUAAACAGCAAUCAAAAACGUGUUUACCUCUGUCAUGGACGUCCUAGCAACACAUACCAAUAAUUUAUUCUGAGAUUGAAUCCACAGCCUCUCAGCAAACUCGCGUAGUCAACUUACCUGUGACUAAAAGUGGACAUUUUGGCGACAUUGUUAAGAAAUCUCUUUACACCACAAACUUACUUAAGUUGAAAAAUGUUAACAUUUAACUGAUUGACUUCAGUUCAAAGUUUUCACUUCAGAUGUAAGAGUUUAGAAUUCUAUAUCAAGAGUAAUUGCAGCAUUCGGCUUCACAUUCGGUAGUGUUGAUGCAAACUGUCUUCAAAUUAAUCAGAUUUUAAGGAUUACUAAUUUGUGUAAAAAAAAUUGACUGUGAUGGUUAUUAAAACUACACUUUAGUAUUUCCUGAUUUCGGCAAAUUUGAAUCCUCUGAACAUCUCUAACCUACAGGGUAAUCAUUCCUAAAAUUAAGAUUUUCGUAUUUUUCUGUGCCUACUUACAUAAACUGUUAGUUCGGUGAUAUUUAUUUGCCAAAAUAAACGAGAGAACUGCUUUUAUUUACAUUUUCAGCAAGGUAUUAGACAAUGAUUUUCAAACUUUUAUGCUUUUUACUGUAACAGUAACCGUAAUCUCUCUCAUUCUCUCUGCACGUGUGUGUGUGGAUUUUAUAGGAGUGAUAGUGCCUAAUGCAAUAUCCACUAGACCGGGUAGUCGAACAAAAUAAUUAGCUUACGAUUUUGACACUAUUGGCUCACUAUGAUCGAUCAGUGACUGUUCGUAGCCCAAACUGAAUAAAAUCAAAAGAAUGGACGGUAGACUCACGCGAGACUUAGAGAGAAACAGUUUGGCAUUUAACUAUAGAUCAUUGUUGUGGUUGCAUUACAGUUAGAAUCUUUGGGCUUUGUCUACUACUGGAAGCGUGCUGGCAGUUAACACUUCUCGGCUGCCCACACUGUGGAAGGCUAGUUCUUGAAGUACCUGGAAAAAAAGAUAGUGCAUGACUGCAAAGCCCAUGGGACAUCUGAUCGAGGUCGGUCGCAGACGGUUCUUUGGCAAGUUUCAGAUUUUGUUUUUUCACUUUUGAAUCUAACUAUAAAUCCCUGUUUUAGGCAUUGGGAUGCUGCCAGGGGGUGGGAGUGUGCUAUUUUUUGCGGCCGACCUUUUCUAAUCCACCUUCCUAUAAGAAAGGCAUCAUCAGCGUGGCACUGCUGGUUAUCCAAGGGAAAUACCUUACUGCUGUCACACCCCAUCCAGCUAUCAAAAGUGUGACUUCACCCUCAGACCCCUAUCAUAGUAUAGUAAUUUACACCACAGCGGUAGCUGCUUGUCGUCUUACCACUAUCCAGUGGACAUUUCUGGCAUGAUAGGAUCUCGAGGGAACAGGCGUUCUACUAGCAUAGCUCGUUGGGUCAUUGUGAUAUGCAAGCCUGACCACCACAUCAAGGUAACAGCUAUUGCAUUGCAGUGUUAGAAAAAGACUCGUAUGUUAUACGUUAUAAAAGUUAAUAAUAAUAAUAAUAACCACUUUAUUCCAAAGUUUUAUCACACACAGCAAUUGUAAGAUAUUCACUAUUCGUAAAAGGAGACCACAUCACAGGAAAUGGUUUGAACUAUUAAACCGAAAGUGUUAACUAAUCAGUUGGUAAACAGACAGAAUUCUAAUCCCUUUUAACCAUAGUGGGAUGAUGUGAAAGGGUUUUGUACGGAUAUAUUUCAGAUCUUCAUUCUGGACAUCGAAAUGAGAAAUUAAAGUUGAAAUCUAGGAUAUUAGUAUAAUAAAAAUUCCCACUCACUCAACUCUCGAUAAUUGCUGAUUACUGUUUCACUUUUAAUUCAUUUCAGGAAUUUGUCGCUCUUAAUCCAAUUGGUAAUCGUCUUUCUGGUGAUGCAGUAAAACUGUACAUGUUACAGUCUCAUUUGCCCAACUUCACAUUACAUCGCAUAUGGAAACUUGCAGACAUCGAUGAGGAUGGUCACUUGGAUAUUGAUGAAUUUAUACUUGCCAAUUACCUGAUGAAGUUAGCCGUAAGUGGUGCUGAGUUACCAAUGUGUCUACCUGAUCACUUAGUACCGCCUAGUAAACGAAAGAAGAAUCCAUCAACUACAAAUGGUGAGAUUGAAUGCCAUGAACCAAAAUACUAAAUUGCACCGAUCAUUAAUGGUGACCUCAGUAAAAGUCAGCUGACUAACAUUGGGAUAGUCACUGUUGACAAUCGGGUGUAGAUGCUUUUGCUUCACAUUCCUAUCUCCAACAGAGUAAACCUACACUUUUUUUUCCAAAGAUACAACAUUGUGCAUAGAUUUAAAAAAAUGUACAUCUGUGAUAUUGCUCUCGUGUAUUUGUAAUUAUAUCUCAAGUACUCAUUGUGUUGAUUUUCACCUAAAAAAACGAGACUAAUCAAAUUAAUAGAUCCAUAUAAUUUUGUGAAUCAUUUUUGAGCGAAUAUAAAAUGAGGAGUGAUGAUGCGACAGAGACUUAUAAAUUGCCAUCGCUUCAACCGAUUAGAUGAUAAUUUUAGCAAAUUAAUUAAUGUUUGACAUCAGUCUGAUUCUGUGCCUAUUAUUCUAUCACAUUUCUACUGUGUCAAUUUAUAUUACAUCCUGUCCUACUGUGUAAACAUGUCGUGGUCUUUUCAACCAUAUUUUGUAUAUUAUGGGAUGUUAUUUUAGAAAAUCACUCUUCUUCUUUAGUUGUUAUUUUUAAUUUGCUCGUUACCAUUCCGUUCCUCUUUGUUGUAUUUUUCUUUCGACUAUACAUUUUAUUGUUCAUUUUACGUUUAUAUGACUAUUGAAAAUUAUUCACCUCACUUAUUUGCAAGUAAUGAACAAUAAAUCUUCUUUUGGAGCAGGGGUACAA